AUGACCGCCGACUCCCAGCAAAACAUCAUUCGCAAGUUCGUGGGCCGACUUCGCGCCGGCAGCCUGAGCCUCAUCUCCCAACGAUCCUCCUCGCACGACGCCUCCUUCUCCCCCUCCCUCUCCUCCCCCAGCCAUCACCACCACAGCUUCUCCUCGCGGCGGCGGACAAACUCGCCGCGCAGCUCCCUGUCGAGCCUCGCCGCGGCCGCGGCCGCCCGCGACGCUGGCGUCUCGCUCGACCUCUGGAACGCCGCGUACGACGUGCUCCGUGACGGGCCGGCGACCUCAGGGCUCGUGCUGACGUACGAGUCCAUCAUCGCGCAGGAGCUGCCCAGCCACGUCAAGGCGGCGGCGGGCGGCGGCAUGAGCAUCAACUUUCGCGGGCGAUCCGACGAGGACCGCCUGCGGCUGCUGCAGGAGAUCAUGAGCGCUGGGCUAGCCAAGCGGAGGGGUUCACGGACGGAGCAGGGCGAGUCGCCGGCGCGCGCGACCAUCGACGCGGCCAAGGCGGCGAUUGACGCCGUGGUGCCCGUGUACAUGUCCUCGGCGGUCGCGUGGGCCGGGAUAUGCACCAUGACACCGCUCUUGUUAGACCCCAUCUUGCGGCUCGGCUACAUACAGGCUGGCAUAUCCCACGUCCUCGGGCGCAUUGACUUCUACAUGACGCUCGCCUCGCUGCUCGCGCCGGGCAGCUGGCGCGACGAGGCCAGGUUCCGGUCGUCCCAGCAGGACGCCGCCCUCCGCGACGAGCUCACGCGGCACGCGUGGAACCCGGCGGCCAAGAACGUGGUCGACUGGGCCGGCCUGGAGGGGAUGGUGCGGCGGAUCCGGGAGGCCGACGAGGCCAUCGUCGAGCGCGUCCGGGCCGGCGCGACGGCGGUGACGCGGCACAGGCUGCUCAAGAGCUACAAGGACCUGGAGCCGCUGCCGGCGGCGGAGGACUCGCUCAGCCACCACCACAUGGCUGCCAUUGCGACGGCGGUGGCGGCGUAG